AUGAAUACAAAAAAAGGAAUAACUUUUGGUAAAAUUAAUAAAGAUUUAACUCGAGAUAUGACGAAAAAUACAGAAAUUAUAAAUUCUGGAUUUGGUACAUUUGGCAAAAAAUCAUUGGAGACUAAUAUAACAAAAAUUAAUGAAAUUAAACCUGAAGAUGAAGAAGAAUCUCAAAAUUUAAAACAAGUUAUGGGUAUAACAGGUUUUGGUAAAAAGGCUAAAUCUUUUGAUGUACAAGAAAUGUUGGAAAAUAUUACAAAAACUAUUAAUAACAGCAAAGUAAGUAAUAUAAAUAUAAAAUCUAUUGAAAAAGAAUCUAAAACCGCACCUGCAAAAGAAGUAAUUAAAGAUAUUGAUAUUAUUAAUAAUGGAAGUACUAAUGAUAAUGAAGAAGAUGAUGACUUCAUUGGACCUCCAAUACCUCCUGAACUUCAGAAUUCAAUUAAUUUAGAGCAAUCUACGAAGAUAAAAGAUCAAAAUGACAAUGAAAGUGAUGAAGAUGAAGAACAAUCUGAUAUAGAAGAAGAAUUACAAUUAAAAGAUAAAAUUCCAUGCAGCCAUGAAGUUACAAUGACUCAUGGAACAAAAGCAGUAACAGCUAUUGCAGCAGAUCCAUCUGGAGCAAGAUUAGCUUCAGGUUCUAUUGAUUAUGAUGUUUGUUUUUGGGAUUUUGCUGGCAUGGAUUCAUCAAUGAGAAGUUUUAGAACAUUGCAACCUUGUGAGAAUCAUCCAAUCAAAUGUCUACAAUACUCAAUGACUGGUGAUGUUAUAUUAGUUAUAUCAGGUUCUGCACAAGCAAAAGUUUUAGAUAGAGAUGGUUUUGAAAAAUGUGAAACUGUGAAAGGUGAUCAAUAUAUAACAGAUAUGGCACGUACAAAAGGUCAUACAGCAGGAUUAAACAGUGGUUGUUGGCAUCCAUUCACAAAGGAGGAAUAUCUUACUUGUUCACAAGAUAGUACAUGUAGAAUAUGGAUUUUAUAUAGACCGCGUGCACAUAAACAUCUAAUAAAGUGUAGAGCACAAAAUGGUGUUAAAACCAUACCAACCAUAUGUGGUUACAGUAGAGAAGGUAAUGUAGUUGCUUGUGGUUGUAUAGAUGGUUCUAUACAGAUGUGGGAUCAUAGAAAAAAUUUUGUUAAUCCAUCACUGAUUCAGAGAAAUGCACAUGCACAAGGUGCUGAGAUAUCAAGCCUAAGCUUCUCUUAUCUUGGACAAAUGCUUGCAACCAGAAGUUGUGAUGAUACAUUAAAGCUUUGGGAUUUAAGAGCAUUUAAAACACCUAUUUUUGAAGCAAAAAAUUUAUAUUCUAGAUAUGAUACAACUGAUUGUAUGUUUAAUCCAGAUGAUUCAAUUCUUAUUACAGGAGAAUCUUUAAGUAAAAAUCAAAAUACUGGUAGAAUUUUAUUUUAUGAUACAAAAACUUUUGAUCUAAUUAAUGGAAUAAAUGUAACAAAUUCUCAUGUUAUUAAAACAUUAUGGCAUCCAAAAUUAAAUCAAAUAUUUGUUGGUUGUGGAAAUGGAAUAGUUAAGGUAUAUUACGAUUCUAAGAAGAGUUUAAGAGGUGCAAAAUUAUGUGUUAUAAAAACGCAUUUAAAACAAAAACAUAUCGAAGUAAUGUCAACUCAACAAAUUAUUACACCGCAUGCACUUCCAUUAUUCAGACAAGACAGGCCUAAAUCAGUUCGUAAACAAAUGGAAAAAGAUCGUUUAGAUCCCGUUAAAUCGAGAAGACCAGAUUUACCAAUUACUUCUGGACAAGGUGGAAGAGUUGCUUCUUCUGGUGGAACACUUAGUUCUUAUGUAAUUCGGAAUUUGGGACUUAGUAAAAGAAUAGAAGAUGAUCAAGAUCCACGAGAAGCUAUAUUAAAAUAUGCAAAAGUAGCAGAAGAAAAUCCAUAUUGGAUUGCGCCAGCAUAUAAAAAAACACAACCACAAACGAUAUUCCAAACAGAUGAGCAGGAUGGAGUAUCAAGCGCAAAGAAGCAAAAAACUUAAGAAAAUAUGUUUCAUAAAAAUUUUUAUAUUAUUCAUCAAUAAUCAUUUUGUACAAAAAUUUUUCGUUUAAAAAAAAAUAUAAAUAUAAUAAGAACCUCAUUCAUGUUCUGAUUAAUAUUUAUAAUUGAUCGCAAUUUUAAAAAAUUUAAUACUAUGUAAAUAAAAAUAUUUUAUUUAACUUAAUUGUAAAAAAAUUUAUCGUUAUCAUUAUUAUAUAAUAAUUUAUUAUUUUAAUAUUUUAUUAUAUUAAUUAAAUUAUAUAUUAUUCUUUAUUAUACAUUAUUAUAGUACACAUAGUAUACAAUGUUCUCUAUUAUCGGCAACUUAUCCUUGUGAAUAAGACAAGAAUAUUAUUGUAUUGUAUUAAUAAAUAAAAUAAUCAAAGCAAAUAAUUUAAUAAACAAAUUAAAUUACAUUUCCAUUUUUAAAAUAUAUAUUUUUAAUAUAAUAUAUCAAACAAAAAAUAACGAAUUGCAUAGUGUCAAAAUUAUAAAAAUGCAUGCACAUCAAAUUUAAUGGAUAUUAUUCUUAUGUAAAACAAUAUAAUAACUAUGUAAAUUGCUUAAAUGCACGAAUAUAUAUAUAUAUAUAUAUAUAUAUAUAUAUAUAUAUAUAUACACACUAUAUCAGAUAUAUAUAAAUAUAUGUUGAAGGUACGGACGUAUCUAUGUCUUACUUCCACAUUUUGACUUUCAGUCAAAAGAUAGACUUCGAACUUCGAAUCAAGUAAGACAUACGUCAAUAAGAAUAAAAUUUACAUUUUAAAAAUAUUUUGUAAAUAUUCAUAUUUUUAUUAAAUUUUGAUAAUGUAAAUUAUUUAAAAUAAAUUAAAAUAUUUAAUACACGUAUUCACUGUAAAUUAUGUGUAUUGUAUUUGCAUAUAACGUAUUUUAAACACAAAUUAUAUCACAUAUCACAGAACAUAUUUAUAUAAACAAUAUUUAUAUAAUUUAUUUUUAAUUUUUCUUUUUGCUUUCGCAUAAAAAGUUUCGCGCGUUUUUCGAUUCAAAGAACUGAAUUUAAGCAUUAGUGUAUCCCCAGAUGGCAGAAGCGUAUACGAUUUUUAAAUCGAUUUAUGUGAUUUUAGCGCGAAGUUACGAUAAAAAAGUUAUUCUUUGUCGCAGAGAAAAGAUGUAGGUAUCGUUACUUUACGAAAGAGUAACGAUGAGAGCGAAAUACUUCAUAUGUGAUGACGAGGAAAUCGAGGACCUGAAUCUAAAUAAAUCGAUCAGUAAAUAGAUCUAGCAUUCUUCCUACUGUUUUACGAUUGGAUAAUGAGGGGAGCAGGGGACGAGAGGAUGAGGGGAGAAGAGGCCGUGUAUUUGUGGCGUUCAAGUCGGUAGCUACGAUUGCCUUCUGGCAAACAUUAUCGUGACACCGUUUUGUGCGUGUUGAAGAGUUAGUGGAGUUCGUCGAUCGAUGCUACCACGGUAUCGACCGGUUCGGUUGAUGACCGCGCGCUUCUGAUCCAUGAAUUCAGUGAUAUAAUUUUUCUCGGUGUGCAAUAUCCUGUGCAUCGUGAUAUAAUAAUUCUGUGACUAUUCUUCGCGCAACAUACUGGCAAGUAACUCACGAAUCAUUGAGUAAAUUCUCGCAUCGACUAGACUAUAUUCGUUUCGCUAUGCGAUCACUUCCGCGUACAUGAUGUAGAACAAUAUGGCUAUCAGCAUAAAAUUCACAAAAUUCGAUAACACACCAUGGGGAUUUCGAUUGGCGGGUGGAAGCGAUUUUCCACAACCAUUGACUGUCAUCAGAGUAUGUACAUUAUAUUAUUAUUAUUACAUGUUUUUUAUUAUUUAAAUAUAUACUAUACUUAUUAUAAUUCAUAUAAGUAUAUAUGCGCAGAUAUAGAUUAUUUAGAAAUGCAGUUCAGAUUAUUUAUUUAUAAAUUGUCAAGAAACUUAUAUAGCAUACAUGCAUAUUGUAUACAUGCAUAUGUGAAAUUAUGAGAUUACAUAGUAAACAUUUAGCGGGAAAAGUAUAAAGGAUUGCAUAUCUGCAGGCUGGUACAGUUUCAGAUAUGUCGAUAUAAUUAAUCAUAGCAAUUUCUGUAUUACCGAUUUAUUAAAAUUACAAUGAUCUACUUAAAUAUAAACGAAUUAUAUAGAAUAGAUAUGAUCAUAAGAAUAUAAGAUGGAUUACAAUUGAAAUUAAAUAUUAAAUUAUAAAUAAUUAUUUGAUCAAAUCUCAUUAGUAUUCUUCAUAACAUAUUGCAUAUUUUCUAGAAAAAUCGUACAAUUUAAAAAUUAUAAUUUUAGAGGAAACAACUCUGAAUGAUUUGAUUUAUAAAAAUAUAAAAUAUACAAGAAUAUCAUAUUAUUAAAGUAAGUUGCAUGUUUAUCAAAUUUAAAACUAUUAUUUACAUGAUUCUGUUAAUAAAAAAUAUAAAUUAUUAUAAUUUUUUCCGUAGCAAUAAUUCAAUAAGUAUUAAAUUUCGAAUUAUAAUAUAUCACUUGUCUAGCAAGCGAUAUAUUAAGCAAUAUAUUUUGAAAGUUUAUCGUGUUAUACAUUAUAAAAUUGAGAAUAUAACAUUCAUAUUUUUUACAUUAAAAAUUGAAACACGUUGUAAUUUUGAAAAAGAAACGAUAAAAGUAUUUAAUUGAUAUCCCAUACGUACGUGAUCACGUAUUAAGAACCAGUAUAGACAAGGAGAGAUAUAAUGAGAGGACAGAGAUAAAAUAAAAAUAUUGAAAUCAACGCCAUCUCUAAAGUGUCAUAAAUGAAACAUAUAAAAAAAGGACAGGAAAUAAUGAAAGAAAGAUAGAGAUAUUGUAAGAAUUAAUUAUCAACGCCAUCUUUUAAUUAUUAAAGAUACCUCUAAAUAGCAGGAUAAAACAGGAUAGAGUAAGAAUUGAGAGCUAACGCCAUCUAUUGAACCGAAAAAGACGUGUUUAACAAAAUGCUCGAGAGAUGGCGCUGAAUCCCAAUUCUUAAUCUAACUUAUCUUUUGAGUAACGUGCCUUCGAAGAAGUAUUUUUAGUAUUCAAGAGAUGGCGCUGUUGGUCAAUUCUCAUCAUAUCUCUAUCCUUUUUCCACUAUUUGCUAUCCUUUUUUAUGAGUUUCAUUUACGGCACUCUGGAGAUGACGCUGAUUUCAAUAUUUUUACGCUCUCUCUAUCCCUUUCCUAUUAUUCGCUUUCUUCGUCUACAUUUGUUUUAUCCACGAUAUUGUCGAGAUGGCGCUGAUUCUCACAUUUUUAGUUUAUCUUUGUUCCUUCUUCUACUAUUUGCUCUUCUUGUUUAUACAAAAUUUACACGCUCAAGAAAUUCGCUCCAAUAUUCGAUUAAUCGAUUAACUUUAUCAUCUACUCUCCUGUAGCGAUCAAAAGAUUUAUGAAUACAAUGCAAUACAAUAUACGUGCGAAUAUUUAUGGUAGUGUGUAUAAAGAAUAAAAAAAUUAUUUUUCCAAA